AAAUGUUGUUUCGGAUUUGUUGUCAAAAUUCAAUAUGAAAUUAUCAGAAAUAACGCCAAAUAGCUAUAUUAAGUAUUAAUUAUUGAUCACAACAAAUUCAAUACCAGCACACUGAAAGCAAUUCAACCUGCCCAAAACGGCCACCUUUGACAGCCGCGACAACAACGCAACCCCUGACACCUAUUUGACAACAAAGAGGAAUUCGCAAUAGCCUCUAAUUGAAUUAAGGCCUCCACUUACUACCCUUAAGUUGCACACUUUCUAGCAGCUUAGUGUGAACGUCGGACACAGCAACGUGCCAAAGCUCGCGCGUGAAAUCCAUAUAUAGCAGGACAUCUUGCAAGGACAUCUUGCAUCCACAUCAUCACAACAACAAAUCAACAAUCAUUGUUGCCAUUGACUUCAACAAACAGCAUUCAAGCAAUAAUCGUCGACAUCAACGUUUUCAACGAUUCGCGCUACAGCCUAUGCUCAGCGCUGUAGCGCGUUAUGCGAAUCAUACGCGAAAAAAUCGUUCGCUAAGGCUUAACUACGGUCACAUGUCCCUGCUCGAUUUUGGCGGUGAGGAUGGCAGCUCUGGCAGCGAUACGGAGCCGGAUGCACAUAUUGAUUUUACGGCCAUGCUUAUGGAACGCAAUCAGGAGUGCAAUGGUGGUCACUCCGGUGACGACUGCAAGCUACAGUCACAAACUCAAUCUCAAGAUGAGCACAGCUACUACCUAGCACAGUAUGUGCUGGGCGUGCAUGACUUUAGCUCGCAAUAUGGUAUCGACUACAGCAUAUCCUACACGGCCGCUAAUGUGAUUGGCAGGCCAAGCAAGUAUCCCACCUAUGGCGACUAUCCAGAGGCCUUUUGUAUGCGUACCUUUGGUGACUGGUGGCACUGCGCGCCUUCGUCCACCCGUGAAAUUCAGCCACAAAAUCUGCCAGCGCUGCCCACACAUGAUUUUAUUGUUGUGUAUUUUGAGGAGUUUGUGAUACCCAAAGAGGUCUCCAUCUUUGAGACAUACAAUCCGGGUGGCGUAGUGCGCAUAUGGGCUUACAGCAUUACGAAGCGCUGGACGUGCUUGUGGGAGGCAAGUAGCAGUGAUCUGAAUAAGUUUAAGGGCAAUUUCACGCGCGAAGCUCGGCGCUUUGCGCCGACUCUUAAGAAUACUAACAUACUGACCAAGACGUUGCGAAUUGACUUCAAUCACAGCCGAUUGAACUAUUACACCCAGAUCGAUGCUAUUCUGCUAUAUGGACGCACUGGUUCAACGCGAUCCAUGCAGCAGAUGCUAACGCCGAUGGUUAAACGCUAUAAGGAAGAUAUCAAUAGUGGACCUAUCCUUUGCAAGCUGCGCACGCUAAAGUUCCAACCCAGUUGUCGUGAAAAUUGUACUGUCAAACUUCAUGAAUUUAUCAACAACGAUCUUAGCCAAUUUUUGAAGGAAAACCAAAAAGUUUCUGAAGAGCAGCAGUUGCAAAGCAGCGGUCCACAAAGCUCUUUAACGGAUCUGCCGUUCGAAAUCCUGUUGAAAAUACUCAGCUACCUGGACCUAAAGUCACUCUUUUGUGUGGGCCAAGUGUCGCGCCUGUUUUACGAAAUUUCAACACAUCCGCUGCUCUAUUGCGAUCUCAGCCUGAAGCCUUAUUGGCAGUUGGCCAACUCAGAGCUGUUGUGUACCCUGGCGCGCAGAGCGACGCUGUUGCGCAAGCUGGAUUUAUCGUGGUGCGGCGGGUUUGGAGAGGUUUCACCCACCGAGUUCAAGAAAUUCCUGACUCAACGUGGAGACAAUCUCACCCAUUUACGUUUGAACUCUUGCAAAUUUCUCAAUGCCAGCUGCAUUGAGACAAUUGGCAUAGUCUGUGAUAAUCUAAUAGAGCUCAGUUUGCGUAACUGUGGAUCUGACACCCCACUGUUAAAUUUUUCCUGCCUGGCCAAUCUCAAAAAUCUUGAACGACUCGAUCUCUUUCAAACUGCAUUUGAGUCUGAGCUGCUGCUGAGCAUGCUCGAAGGCAACCGUAAAUUAAAGCAUCUUAAUCUAGCCUUUUGCGGUGUUUCGGUAAACAUGGAUAAUGUCGCCGCGCAUCUAGCCACUUACAACACCCAACUCGUUUCGUUGGACAUGUGGAAAGCGCAUUUUCUGUCCGCACGGGGCCUUCAAUCGCUGGCCCGUUGCCACCAAUUGGAGGAGCUUGAUUUGGGCUGGUGUAUGCGUGAGGCCAAUCUUGGUGAUGGCCUAUACCAACUGCUCACCAAUUGUCCCAAGCUAAAGAAGCUGUUUUUGUCGGCCAUGCGCGGCAUUACUGAACGUGAUCUCACGCAUAUUGCAACAUUGGGAAAAAAUCUCGAGCAAUUGGAUUUAAUGGGUGUUACUCACAUAACGCACGAGCGUGCUUAUGACAUCCUAGUGCGUUGUAAAAAGUUGAAAUUAUUGGACCUAAGCUUUUGCGACAACAUUAUGGAUCGUGAGCAUUUCAAUUUAAUCAUCGAUUGGUCGCGACUCUUUAAAGUGAAAAUCCAAUUCAGUCGGAACAACUACGAUAGAUAGUCGGCUAAUGUCGAUUGCUUUGUGAUUAUCCGAGUGUAAAGCGUUCGCGACACCCUGUUUAUAUAGUUACACAUAACUAUUGUUAUUGUAUAUAUUUAUAAAUAAAUUUGAUAUUAACUUGCAAAUACAAUUGCAGCUUUCCGUAUCCCACAAA